AUGAUAUAUGAUGACCUUAAUCGAUAUCGGUGGUCCAUUGACACUUCUAUAACAGGUGGUAGCAAUAAAACCUGGGCCAAGAGAAGUGGACCCCUCAACGUAUCCCAAAACAUUAUGGACCUGCCACCUGGAACCCCAGAUAAGUUUGAGAACUUCUAUGUCACUUCUACGCUUCAGCCAGUAGAGGGCAGCAAAGCACACCGCCGCACCACAGCUUACCUUAAAAGUAGAGGAUGGGAAGGGCAGAACCUGAGGAGCAAGUCUGUGUGCGUAAUUCCACUGAAAAAACGUUGUCCACAAUUCAUUUAUUCCUUGUGCCAGGAGCAGGCUUUUCCUAGGAAUGGUUUGGCAUCCCUCUGUGAAAAUAUGCCCAGCAGCAAGGCAAACGAGCCUGGGGAUGUAGUUAGAGCCAAGAAUGGAAAACCAAUACAGGUAGAUAACACAGAUGCAGAAAGAAGACUGCUGUUAGCUGAUGCUCUCUGUUAUGCCCACAAUUUUAAUGCAAGGGCUACUGUGAAUGCUGCAACGUUAACAGGUGUCAUGGCUGUUGCAUUGGGGUCUGCUGUGACUGGAGUGUUCACAAACUCACCUUGGCUUUGGACUCACCUUUAUGAGGUCAGCAUUUUGACAGGAGACAGAGUUUGGAGAAUGCCUCUCUUUGAACAUUACGCAAAACAAGUAACAGACUGUCCUCUUGCAGAUCUGAGUAACAUUGGAAAGUAUAGCAGAGCUGGAGGAGCAUGCACAGCUGCUGCAUUCCUGAAGGAAUUUGUGAAUGCCUCUCACUGGGCUCAUUUAGAUAUAGCUGGUGUGAUGUCGAAUAAAGAUGAGGUGCCCUAUCUUCGAAAAGGCAUGGCAGGGCAGCCUACAAGAACACUAGUAGAGUUUGCAGCUCGAUUAAGUCAAGAAAGUCACAAUACCAAAUUAAACACUUACUCUAAAAUCACCCACUCUGCCUUAAGAAAAAAAAAUCUUAAAGUACUAUCUGUAAAUGAAUGCCCCAAGCAUAUUUUCACUAUGGCAAUGAACUACCAAAUGCAUUUUAUAAGUCAUUACUUGGGUAAGAAUAUUUCACCUUUGAGGUUUGUCACCUCAUAUUAUGCAAUUUAAAAUAAAAAAUAUUCUGUUUCAACUAUUAAGAUACUUAGUACCAAAACAUGAUGAUGGAAAACAUCUGAGCUUCUAUUUUAUAUGUAAAGUAAGUAUAAUUAUUGCAGACAAUAAAUCUUACUUGGGUGUGUGUGUUGAUUGACAGAG